AAAUCUUUUAGGUUCGUCAUUGCUGUUUAGUAUCAUUGUUGAUCUGUUUCUUGAGGUUUAUCAAUGGAUGCUUUAGACUCGGUGAUCAAGAGGUUGCUUGAAGCUAGAGAGAAACCAGGAAAGACUAUUCAGUUGUCAGAAACAGAGAUCAAAAAGCUCUGUUUCGUCUCUAGAGAUAUCUUCUUGAGACAACCAAAUCUCUUGGACCUCGAAGCUCCUGUCAAAAUUUGUGGGGACAUUCAUGGACAAUACUCAGAUCUCUUAAGACUGUUCGAACACGGAGGACACCCUCCUCAUUCUAACUACUUGUUCCUUGGAGAUUACGUCGAUCGUGGCAAACAAAGCAUCGAAACAAUUUGUCUCUUACUCGCUUAUAAGAUCAAGUUCCCUGAAAACUUCUUCCUCCUCAGAGGAAACCACGAAAGUGCUUCGAUCAAUCGCAUCUACGGCUUCUACGACGAGUGUAAACGUCGUUUUAGUGUCAAGAUUUGGCGAAUCUUCACUGAUUGCUUCAAUUGUCUCCCCGUGGCUGCCCUCAUCGAUGACCGGAUUCUCUGUAUGCACGGUGGGAUCUCCCCGGAGCUGCUUAGCUUGAGACAGAUUAGGGAUAUUCGUCGUCCAACGGAUAUUCCUGAUCGUGGUUUACUCUGUGAUCUCUUGUGGUCUGAUCCUGAUAAAGUGGUUAGAGGUUGGGGGCAUAACGAUCGUGGAGUUUCAUACACUUUUGGAUCGGAUACAGUUUCUGAGUUUCUCAAAAGACUCGAUCUUGACCUAAUUUGUAGGGCUCAUCAGGUUGUGGAAGAUGGGUUUGAAUUCUUUGCGAACAAGCAGCUCGUGACGAUAUUCUCUGCGCCGAAUUACUGUGGGGAAUUCAAUAAUGCAGGUGCGAUAAUGAGUGUGGACGAUGAUUUGACCUGCUCUUUUCAGAUCUUAAAACCUAAUGACAAGAAAUCGAAAUUCAGUUUCGGAGGCAGAGGUGGUACUAAAACUAGCUUCCCUUAUCCUAAAGUCAAGUCGAUUCUGAGUUCGCAGAGUUCAUACAACCGAUGAAGAUUUGAUGACUCACGAUGACUUCUACAAGCAUGCAACUGAGUAUGAUAAUGCUUAGCAAGAGCAAGAGGAUUUUGAAUUUCGGAUUUUUAGAAGCUUUUGGGUUUACUUAUUUGGGCACUUCACUUUACCUGUGUGUGUGUUUUCUUUGCUGUUGUCUUCUUUCUUUUCGUUGUAAAUUUGGUUUUGUAAUUGUUGGUGCAUUAAAUUUGAAUAAAACAUGUUUUCCUUUGGACCAAA